AUGGCUGAAGUGGAGGAGCAUGUUGAACUUAAAUUCAGAAUCUAUGAUGGAACAGAUAUAGGUCAUGGCACGUAUGCAUCAUCUACUACUGUUGCCACUAUUAAACAAAGGCUUGUUGCUGAGUGGCCUCAAGAUAAGUCCGUUAUGCCUAAGAUUGUAAGUGAUUUGAAGCUUAUACACGCUGGAAAGUUUUUGGAAAAUAGCACGACACUUGCUGAGUCCAGAGUGCAUGUUGGUGACGAUCCUGGAGGCGUAAUUACAAUGCAUGUGGUGGUACAGCCUCCUGUUGCUAAUAAAAAGACAGGUUUGUUUAGUUCUUCAUCCUACAUACGUCAAGAGCUUGGAAAAUGUUGCUCUAGGAAAUUGACAAGGAUCAGGAUGAGAUGCGAAAGAACAAUUGGUGCUCUUGUACUAUACUGUAGAAUAAGAGGCAUUCUCUGUGGCUGUUCUCCGGACAGGCUCAUUUUGACCUUCCUUUUUGUUGUUGGUGUUCUCAGAAAUAAUGUAAUAGCUGGACAAAGAGGAGUGAAAAUCUCAUUUGCCCCAGCUGAGUUUGUGAUCCCCCCUAGCUGUUGGAGGCAAGACUUUAUUCUCAGUUGUGAUGGGCUUAUAAAAAGGCAAGGCUGCUAUCGGGGUUCUUGUAAGGGACGGGAUCUGUACAAAGGUCCUGGCAUCUUCAAGCCUUCAAGCAGAAGCUAUUGCGGUGAGAGAAGCAUGUCUGGUAGCAAGUGCAGCACAGAUAAAGCAUUCAAGAGUUGA